AUGACACCUGGAGAGCUAGCCCUUGCCAGUGGCAACCACACCCCAGUUACCCAGUUCAUCUUGCUGGGAUUCUCCAGUUAUCCAGACCUACAGGAGCUUCUCUUUGGAGCUCUCCUGCUCAUCUACACCAUGACAGUGGUGGGAAACCUGGGAAUGAUGGCACUCAUCUUCGCAGACUCCCGUCUCCAUAGCCCCAUGUAUUUCUUCCUCAGUGUCCUCUCUUUUCUUGAUAUUUGUUACUCCUCCGUGGUCACACCCAAGCUCUUGGUCAACUUUCUGUCCUCUGACAAGUCCAUCUCUUUUGAAGGCUGUGUGGUACAACUCACCUUCUUUGUGGUACAUGUGACAUCUGAGAGCUUCCUGCUGGCCUCCAUGGCCUACGACCGCUUCACGGCCAUCUGCCGACCCCUCCAUUAUGGUUCUAUCAUGACCAAGGGGACCUGUCUCCAGCUGGUAGCUGCUUCCUAUGCAUUUGGUAGUGCCAACUCUGCUAUCCAGACUGGGAAUGUCUUUGCCCUGCCCUUCUGUGGGCCCAACCAGGUAACACACUACUUCUGUGACAUCCCACCCCUUCUCCGUCUAGCUUGUGCUGACACAGCCACAGCAGGGGUGGUCCAAUAUAUCUUCUCAGCUCUGGUUACCCUUCUGCCUGCUGCCAUCAUCCUCACCUCCUACAGCUUGGUCUUGGUGGCCAUUGGGCAGAUGCGCUCAGCAGCAGGACAGGAGAAGUCCCUCUCCACAUGUGCCUCCCACUUCCUGGCCAUUGCCAUUUUCUAUGGCACCGUGGUUUUCACCUAUGUCCAGCCCCAUGGAUCCACUAAUGAUACCAAUGGCCAAGUGGUGUCCGUCUUCUACACCAUCAUAAUUCCCAUGCUCAACCCCUUCAUCUAUAGUCUCCGCAAUAAGGAGGUGAAGGAUGCCCUGAAGAGGAAGCUGAAGAUCAGCAUCUUCCCCUGCUGA